AUGCUGGGCUUGCGGGGCGGAGGGCUAUCGCGGGUCCUGCGGGCCGUUCCGCCGGCGUGGCGGCAAGGUCGGCGCGGGGUCUGGCCCUCGCUGGCCCUGGCGCGCACGGCGGGGUCGUCGGGCGCGCUGGACUGGCGGGCUCCCGUCCCGGGGGCGCCGCGCAGGCGCGCGCUCAGCCUGUCGGCCGCGGCCGUGGUGAACUCGGCGCCGCGCCCCCUGCAGCCCUACCUGCGCCUCAUGCGCCUGGAUAAGCCCAUCGGAACCUGGCUGCUGUACUUGCCAUGCACCUGGAGCAUUGGUUUGGCCGCUGAACCAGGCUGUUUUCCUGACUGGUACAUGUUGUCACUUUUUGGCACUGGAGCUAUUCUGAUGCGUGGAGCGGGCUGCACUAUUAAUGACAUGUGGGACCGUGACUUCGAUAAAAAGGUUAUGAGAACAGCAAAUCGCCCAAUCGCCGCCGGAGACAUUUCAACCUUCCAGUCCUUCAUCUUCCUUGGGGGACAGCUGACCUUGGCACUGGGAGUUCUCCUGUGCUUGAACUACUACAGUAUAGCCAUGGGAGCAGCAUCCUUACUUCUUGUCGUCACCUACCCACUAAUGAAAAGAAUCACGUUCUGGCCUCAGUUAGCCUUGGGCUUGACUUUUAAUUGGGGCGCAUUACUCGGAUGGUCUGCUGUCAAGGGCUCCUGUGACCCAGCUGUUUGCCUGCCUCUUUAUUUUUCUGGAGUUAUGUGGACACUGAUAUAUGAUACUAUUUAUGCCCAUCAGGACAAAAAAGAUGACGCUCUGAUUGGCCUGAAGUCCACGGCACUGCUGUUCAGGGAGAACACCAAGAAAUGGCUCAGCAGCUUUGGGGUCGUCAUGCUGGGGGCACUGAGCCUUGCAGGAGCCAACUGUGGUCAGACCCUCCCCUACUACGCUGCUGUGGCUGCGGUCGGAGCCCACUUGACUCAUCAGAUAUACACAGUAGAUAUCCACAGACCCGAGGACUGCUGGGACAAAUUUACCUCCAACCGCACACUGGGAAUACUCUUGUUUUUAGGGAUUGUCCUUGGGAAUUUAUGGAAAGAAAAGACAGAAGAAACAAAAAAACCUGAAGAUGUUAGAGUGGAAAAUCAACAGGUCAGCUGAGCUUGGUGGCGCACUCAGGAGGCAGAGGCAAGAGAACCUCGAGGUCAAAGCCGUUCAGUGACAGUGGGACCCUGUCUCAAAGAAGCAAAUGGCUAGGGUUGAGGCUCACAGGUAGAGUGUGUGCUGACCCACUGUGUAGCGUGCCCAGGCCUCUGGAUUUCACCCGAGCAAAUAAAACCACUUAUAAAAUACUCAGGGCUAGAGACCACAAUGUUAGAUUUCUAUGAGCAGUCUGUUAAGAGGCAAGAGGCAUGUGAGUAGAGUGUGUUCUUUGGACUUUAGCACAGCUGUUACCUAGCAGAAUGCCUCCCUGUCAUGGCAGGGACUCCUCUGGGUUAGGAAGACCCUAACUUAAAUUGGUGCAGCCUUCUGUCCUUGUCAUUUCAUCUGAAGUUUCAUGAACUGUAGAAAAAAAAACCUUGAUUUGUAACUCAUCUAAAUUAAUGGCUUUUAUGAAAGUGACUAUAUGCUUUAUUUCUCGCUAAGACUCUCCUCUGAUAAGUUGGGGUAUGCUAUUCUUUACUGUGAUCUCUACUCACUGCCAGAGCUGUAAUUUAAGAAGCCAUUCUGGUUGUGGAUGUUUUAGGAGAGUGUAAGCGAAUAAAUUGUUAC